GGGGAAGCUGAGAGCGGAUUGCCUACCCCGCCAGAGCUACCGGAAGCCGCGUCUCCUGAGUAAAGUUGACGGCGGCGAUCGCGCGAGUGGGGACCUAGAGGCUGCUCCCGCCCAGGCCAUGGCCUUGCCAGGUGGCAACAAGGACAAUAUCAGAGCUGGAUGUAAAAAAUGUGGCUAUCCUGGUCACCUGACUUUUGAAUGCCGUAAUUUUCUCCGAGUAGAUCCCAAAAGGGACAUAGUUUUAGAUGUCAGCAGCACAAGUAGUGAAGACAGCGAGGAAGAGGCUGAGGAACUCAAUAAAUUGCAGACUUUGCCUGAGAAAAAUACAAAUGAGGAAGAAGAUAAAAAAAAACAAAAAAGGAAAAGCAAAGAGAAAAUUAAAUUGAAAAAGAAAAGGAAAAGGUCUUAUUCAUCUAGUUCUACUGAUGAAGACACUUCAAAGCAAAAGAAACAGAAAUCCCAGAAGAAAGAAAAGAAAAGAGAGAAAAAAAGCAAAACAAAAAAGGGAAAACAUCACAAAAAGGAGAAGAAGAAGCGAAAAAAGGAAAAACAUUCUUCAUCUUCUGAUAGUUCAGACUCCUCUAGCAGUAACUGAAACAUCUGCCCAUUCUGCUGACAUUUUUUAUUUAAGGGAUUUAAACUUCCUUCAGUAAUUAUGCUUUGCAUUAAACUCACACUUUCCAGUCAAGCAUUCCUCUGUAUACAAGGCCAACGCUGCUCUUGACCUGCCCAAGGUUGUCCCUGUAAUAUACAUAUAUACAUAUAUGUGUACAUAUAUAUGUGUGUGUGUGCAUAUACAUAUAUAUAUAUAUAUAUAUAUAUAUAUAUAUAUAUAUAUAUAUAUAUAUAUAUAUAUAUAUAUAUAUAUAUAUCACAUAAGCUUUAGGUGUCAGUCUUGUUAGAGGCAUAUCUCAUUAAUACUCCCUAAAAGGUUUUUCUUUGCUAUUAGCAUUGCUUAAGAAAUUUAUUGUAAAGGGUCUUCACAUCAACAGAAAAAGAAGCAUCCAUACAAAACCAAUCCUACCUGACUGAGGGUGCUAUUGCCAAGUGUGUCUAUCUACUUUCCCAGGGUGCAAAUCUAGGAAAUGAAAUGUUUCCUUGUGAAGCUGAUCUAUUUACACUCAUCAUCUUCCCACAAACAUUGCAAAAUCCAGUAGCCUUAUAUUCUAUUAUAUAAGUAGUAGCAUAUUCUUCUUAUAGGAUCCGGCUUUUUGAAUGUUAGACAGGAAUAAAUAACAGAAGGCAAUAAGCCUUGUGGGGUUUGCUUUUUUUUUUUUUUUUAAUAAAUGGAAUGUACAGAAAAGUACUAAAUGUAAGAUCAUUGUUCUAAGUUUUACUCUUAUGUGAAACAGUUUUUAGCAAUUGCCUAGUAUAGGUUCCCCACCCCCGCCUCUAGUAAUUCUAGUAUUUUCUUCUAUUUAAAAAGGAAAAAAAAAACAGCCCAUUUUGAGCCUUUAUUCCUAGUAUUUCUAUUCUACUUAAGAUUUAAAGAUAAUAUUCUGUUGAUCACUAUUUAUGGUAGUAACAGCUAUAUUGUUUUGUAAUGUGCCACAUUGGCAUAUAUAAAGUGAUAUCUCAGAUUUCGAUAUUUCUAUUCUGGGGGAAGAUAGAACCUGUAUUAGGGUUCAUUUUUUUAUUACAUGGAAUGUAAAAUUUUAUGAAGCUUGUUUCUAUUAGAGAAGUGCAGGAAUUUUUAUAAAUUUGAAAUUAUAUACCUCAUUUUGUAAAAUAAUUUUAAAUGAAAUAUUUGGCAUUAAUUCUUACGCUUUAAUAAGUGGCCAAUUUGGCCAUUGGAUAAGGGAUUUGAUUUUUACUUUGUCUAUAAACUUUAGCAGAUACAUGAAAUAAUUUUAAUUAAGUUGUCUAUGAAGAAAGAAUGAUGAGCUUUUACCCUAACAUCUCUUUGGAAAAUUAAGAGAUAUAGUUUUAUAAAAAAUGUAUCCUUAUUGGAUAGAACCUUACUUUUUUUCAAAUAUAAGUUAUAUGGUUUGGCAUUCUUAAAUAACCUAUCAUAGAUUUUUUUUCUUUAAUAAUGGUCAGCAUUCUUUGUGGUUAUAAUCAAUAAAUUAAAGACUUAUUAUAUUAUGUCAGCAUUUGAAAUGCUAGCUUACUGACCUAUAGGCAGCCAUCUUUAAGUCCUAAGCACAUGGCCUAGACACUUCAGUUGAGAGCUUCAGUUUCAGACAAAUUCAGUAUUGUUCUACUGGAGAUGGAGAGAUCUGUGUUAGAGUAUAUGAUUGUGCCCUUUUCAGAGACGUUACCUGAGACAGAAGUUACUUUUGACUUUUCUUAGCCUCCCUUUCACAUUUGAGGAUAUUUUUACCUUAUAGCCAUACCUUGAAUUUCCAUGAUGCCACACAUUCCUGGGUUUUCUUUCCAGUUUGGUGGCCCCAGCUUCUCACAGAUUACCUUUGCAUUGACAGUAAAGCAGCUGUCUAAGGCCAUUUCUUGUGCAACUUUCACUCAUUCCCAGCCUCUCUCAGAAAGAGAUUCAGUUUUUGUUAAAUAGUUUAGAUAGUUCCUGGAAAAGACUAGUCAAGAUCAAAAAAGUAAAUUGGAAGCAUUACAGCCCAGUUUACCUCCACAACUACUCGACAAAGACCUAGAAAAUGCACCAGACUCGAGCCUGAUUGGGAAAUAAAAGGAAACAACAUAGUCAUUUUUUUUUCCUAAUCCAGGUUCAUUUUGAAAGUUCUAUGGCAUUAGGGUGGGAUCUAGCUGGGAAAGCAAUGACAGAGGAGUGUGGGGAGUGAAAUGGGCUUUAGGACUCCGCACAAGGUCAAGAAGAGAGCCUAGAUCCAGCUGUGCAGGGAGUAAGAGCAGAUGUCAAUUGAUAGGUAUAGGUAGACCCUAGAGCAUUGAUGGUGAACCUUUUGGGGACCCUGUGCCAUGGCCCCCCUUCUCCCAAACUGCAUGCAGUGCCCCUCCCACCCCUGCCUUCUAGGACAGGGCCAAGCUCCACAAGGAGGCUCCAGUUCCCCAUACCCUCCCCUUGCCUUUGGGGAAUGGGACCAGGUUACCAACCUUGGGUGGACCAUGCUCCUCAGAGCUGGCCUCCCCACUUAGGGUGGGAGGGGCAUGAACACACAGCUACUCACAACUUUGGAGAGGAAGGGGCACAACAUACUGGAGGGAGGCUAGAAUGGCCCACCCUCUGCAUUCAGAGGUGGGGCUAGGCUCCCAACCAGCCAAGCCAAGGUUCUGUGCACAGAAAGGGUUCUGCAUGCCAUCUUUGGCAUACGUGCCGUAGGUUCACCAUCAUAGCCCUAGAGCUUGGUCACAGAUCCAGUACAGCCUGAGGAGGAAAUCUGCCCUUUGGGAUGGAUAACCAGGGCAAGGAGUAGUCCAAGGCACAAAGCUGUGUUCUCAUGGGACUCUGACUGAGGAUAGAGCAAGAUCUUAGAAUCAUACCCUACUCCGGGCUGAUGCUAGAACAAGAUAACUAGUGUAGGAUGCUCAAAAUAAGGGGGAUCCUACAGUUUUGUUAUUCUAAACUUAAAGUGUCUUUAAAAUUAGCUGUCCGUGAUUGUGUCCAGUAGCAUUCUGUUGGAGUCCCAACUAAGGGCAAGUUUACUGUUGUGUUAUUCAGACCCAAACCUGUAUCAUUUUGGAAAUAUUGAAAACUAGUGUCCCUGGGGCCCUUGACGAUUACAAUUCUCAUUGCCAAAAGAAUACCAAACAACUAAGCAGAGUCCCAGACAUUCUCUCCAAAAGAAUUUUAUAAAUGAAGUGAGCAUACUGGAUAAAAGAAUUGGGAAAGAAAUAAGAUCUAUAAAGGAAUAAUUUGGAAAAGAAAGCUUAACACAAAAGUUGUAACAAUAACAAAAAAAAAGCCAGACUUUAAAAAUGAGUAUGUGCCAAUAGAAGUUAACUCCAGGAGACAACAAAUAUUAAAGUCAAAAGACUGAAGAAAAAAAAAUAGAAGAAAUUGUAAGAUAUAUAAAAAAACAAUGACCUGGAAAAUAUCAGCAUUUGAACAGCCUCAGAGCCUUGAACAUAUUUCAAGAACUCAUGAGAGAAAAUGCCCACUUCUCUUAAAAUCAGAGAGCAAAGUGAAAAUAGAAUUCAAGAAUCACUUCCUUUUAAAAAACCCUAACCUGGUGGACACAAGCACCAGAAAAAGGCACGAUAGUUAAGAUGACACAAUUUAGCAGCCAGCACUAUAUAAGAGAACGAUGAAUUUGGGAUAUGAUAUUCCAAAAGAGCAGAAUACUUCAUCUCAUAACCAAAAGUAGCUAGAAAAACUAUAAUCCUAGUAAGAGGAUAUGGAAGGACAGGAAUGGACCUUUAAAGAAAUGCAGCACUUUGAGCAUUCCCAAGAAAAUAGCAAAGUUUAAAGGAAACUGAAGUAUAAACAUGGGAGAUAGAAAUACAAGAUGAAUACAAAUGUGCACUCAUAAGAGACUUAAGGAUGAAAUGUUGGCAUUCUUUUAAGGUGAGAGUAUGUAAAUGACUGAAACCCUAAUAUCAGGGUUCAUGGAGUCAAGAUGGGACAUAGUUAUUUUGCUAUCUGGGUCAUUAAAGAAGAAAGGAAAGGGAUAGGGAAAAGAAUACACUGGGGGGAAGGUUAGGGGGGAAAUUGUGUCAGUGUAUGCAAGUGGAAGACAAAGUUUGUUCAAGAAAAAGGGUGGAAGUUGGGUGUCAUAUGAAAGUCACUUUCAUCCCAACUGGUCAAAGAAGGGAAGAACACACAAGCUGGAUGCAGAAAUGCAGUUUACUAGACAGGGAGGCUGGAGGAAAAGUGGGAAUAAGGAUAGGUAUAGCUUUAGUGAAUUACUCCUGAGGCUUCUGUUUUUGCAGUUUUACUUAUUUUAUCAACAUAGUUUUUUACCUGAUUUCAGACAUAAAUUCUGAUUAAAGUAAUUUUCUUCUAUAGUAAACCAUGACUUUUGAAUUAAAUACCCAUGCAAGAGCCAUACAAAUUAUAUUAUUUCUACUUUUACAAUUCUAUUUUAACAACAAGCACCAAAAAGAAUCAUUUAAGAAUGAGCAAAUAUUAUAUUCCUACAGAAUGAUGUGGCAGAAAAAUGUAUCAGAAUGACUGCAAGGAGAUCCAGACUCUAUUAAUAAUCUUUAUUACUUGGAGAAGUCACUUCAUCUUACUGGUCCUCAGUUUCUUUAUCAGUCCAAUUUAAGAAGUUGGAGUUUACAGUCUUUUCUCUCCCUCAAUUAUUAACUCAUUUAAUUAGUAUUAAAUUAUAUUAAAUUAAAUAUUAACUCAUUUAAUGUAAUAAUAGUAAAAAUUAGAUGCUAUUUCAAAUAAGCUACUUCCAUUCCAAGAAAAUUCUAAAGAAUCCACCAAUAUGACUAUCACCAAAAUGAUAUUUUUAUCCAAGUAGAUAUUUUAGUGCCCAACUGGAGAGACACUUCACAAAUGUGCCCAAACCCAUAGGUACACACACAAAUUCACCUACAUCUCAAUAGAACAAGAGGUAUGAUCUUUUAAAUGGGUAAUGCGUUAAGAUUAAACUUUUAGGUCAUUGACUUGAAAAUAAACAAAUUUGCUCCUAGAGAAGCAGACCUGACCAUACAAACUCUUCCUCUCUUUCUUGCGGGGAUCUGCUUAUCUGUUAGACAUUGUCGCCUACCUAGAAGUCCCAUCAUCAAUUUCUGUGGGCCUAAAAGCGUCAAUGACUGGAAACAAGCAAAACAAAUACAUUUGUACGCUGAAUACAAAUACAGCCCAAAAAUCAUUAAUAAACAUUCGUGUCUUAUAAUAAAAGAUACAUGUGAGAAGUUUAUCCCCCUAAAAAUAGGUAUUUUUAAAAAUAAAAUCACAAUAUAUUUGAUUCCAAUUUAGAAGAAAUCGCCCUCACCAGAUAUAUAAAACUUAAUGCCAUGUAGAAUGUCUUGCUUAUUUUUGUUUUCUCCUUUUUACCUUUUUGCCGUCCUUUCUAAGACUUCUGUCUUAUUACUGAAUAAUGAAAAUAGGAAGAGACCUAGUUGAGAACCAUAUAAUGACUUAAGCAGAUAAAAGCAACAAAGCAUUUGAUAUUCCCCAGGGCCAUGUAAAAAAUCAGAAUUGUACAGUUAUGCUUUACUUGACACUGAAUUUUUUCCACAUCUGCAUUCAACAUGUCACAUUGACUCAAGCUGCUAGAUCGAUAAGCUUUGUCCCAAUAAUCAAUGUAAAAUCUUUAUUAUAUACAAAAUAAAACCUUACCAU